AUGUCAGUCGAUGACCCAGCCUUCAUCAAGCUGGCAACCACAUGGGUCGAAACAUGCAGCAGAGAGCACGAAGAAUGCCUAGUUCUUCACCAGACGUACCGUCCAACCCGGUUGAUCCAUAUCGUUGAUGCUGGCCAUGUCAGGCUUACAACAUCGAACAAGGAAGCUUCAGCGCCCUACGUGGCAUUUUCCCACUGCUGGGGAAAGGUCCAAACAAUCAAGCUCCUCGAGAGCAAUGUCAGGGAAUUUCGGGCCGGCCUACCGCUAGCACAGCUUCCCAACACCUAUCAAGAAGCUAUCCGCCUAUGUCGUGAGAUAGGACUUCACUACAUAUGGAUAGACUCAUUAUGCAUCAUUCAGGAUUCGGCCGAGGACUGGGCGCGGGAAGCAAAAGAUAUGAAACUCGUUUAUGGACACACAUUCUUCAACCUAUGUUCAGCCACAGCAUCUGACAGCUCUGGGAGAAGCUUCAUCAGGAGAAAACCCAAACUGCUAGUGCCUGAGAACAUUGCUUUCAAUGGCACAACAUUUCAGCUCAUUUACGACAACCAAUUUUACGAAAACGUCGCCUACUGCACCUUGCGUUCUCGAGCUUGGGUAUACCAGGAAUGGUAUCUGUCCAAACGAUCUCUGAUACUCGGUAGCCGUCAGCUAUGGUGGCACUGUCGGAAACAGCUGGCAUGCGAAAUCCGUCCGAAUGGAGCGCCGAUGUGUUCUCGCGGGUUGUGGUGGAAAGAAGCCAAGGAAAUGAAGGAGGAUAACACGAUGCCAGACAACCCCAACAGCCUCUGUACUACAUGGUACGAACGCGUUAAGGAAUACGCAAGGACCAAACUCACAACCGGCCUGUGGCGUGCCCAUCUGCCAGCGGCGCUAUGCUGGGCGGCUGGCUCGCCGACAAAACGAUCGACCACUUACAUGGCACCUUCUUGGAGCUGGGCCUCACUUGAGGGAGACUUUAUCCUUGAAGUGGAUGACGAUCUGCUCCAAAAGCAAUGUUUCGCCUCCAUCCGACGAGUCUGA